UUUUUUUUUUUCUAUAUACAUUAUUUUUUUUUUUUAUUUUGAACAUUUCAAAUGACAUCCUCACCUGAAAUUCAUAUUCAUAAGCUUACUCCUCGGGAUCGUGGGGCUACCAAUAAUAAUGUAUUAAACAAAUACAGUUCAAAAGUGACUCAAUCACUUACUGCAGGUGGUGGUCAGGCUCAAUUAUACGCGACUGGACUCAAGGAUGAAGAUUUCUCAAAGGCACAAGUUGUGGUUAAGGAAGGUGUUUGGAAAGCAGGUCUAGUAGGUUAUCAAUUUAAUACUAUUGGUGUUUCUGAUGCUAUUCCUAUGGGAACUGCUGGUAUGUCCUUUUCUUUACCUAGUCGAGAUAUCAUUGCUGAUUCUAUUGAAACUGUGAUGAGUGCAUUUUGGUAUGAUGCCAAUAUAUCAAUUCCUGGAUGUGACAAGAAUAUGCCUGGUGUAAUGAUGGCUAUUGCAAGAUUAAAUCGACCUUCUUUGAUUAUUUAUGGUGGUACUAUGAAGAAAGGUCAUGCAACUAUUGGUAGCUGUGCUGGACGUGAAAUCGAUAUCGCAAAUGCUUUUGAAUGUAAUGGGGAAUUUAUCUCUGGAAAAAUAUCUGAUGAAGAAAGACGUGAUAUUAUUAGAAAUGCAUGUCCAGGUGCUGGCGCUUGUGGUGGCAUGUUUACUGCAAAUACAAUGUCUAGUGCUAUUGAAGCCAUGGGAUUAUCAUUACCUUAUAGUUCAUGUAUUCCUGCUGAAGAUCCUGACAAGAUGAAAGAAUGUCUCCGAGCUGGUGCUGCCAUUCGAAACUUAUUGGAAAAAGACAUCAAACCUAGGGACAUUAUGACAAAAGCUGCUUUCAAGAAUGCUUUCCGUGUUGUAGUGACACUUGGAGGAUCAACUAAUGCUGUGCUUCAUUUACUGGCUGCUGCUCAUGCAGCGGAUGUGGAUUUCACUUUGGAUGAUAUGCAAGAAAUCUCAUUAACAACUCCUCUUUUGGCAAAUAUGCGACCCAGUGGACCUUAUGUAAUGGAAGAUUUGCAUCGCGUAGGUGGUGUGCCUGCUUUGAUGAAAUACUUGUUGGAACAAGGAUUAUUGGAUGGUAGCUGUAUGACUGUGACAGGAAAGACUUUAGCUGAAAACUUGGCUGAUGUGGAUGGAUUUGUUGAUGGUCAAGAUGUCAUUCGUCCUUUAUCAAAUCCUAUCAAAUCAACUGGACAUUUGACCAUUUUGAAGGGUAAUUUGGCUCCUGAGGGUGCUGUGGCCAAGAUUACUGGCAAGGAAGGUGAAUCCUUUGUUGGUGCUGCUAGGGUAUUUGACAAUGAAGAAGAACUAUUCAAUGCUUUGGAAGAAAAGAAGGUACCUAAAGGAUCUGUUGUUAUCAUUCGCUAUCAAGGACCAAAAGGUGGACCUGGUAUGCCUGAAAUGCUGAAACCUACGGCAGCGAUCAUUGGUGCAGGAUUAGGGAAGGAUGUUGCACUUCUUACUGAUGGUCGAUUUUCAGGUGCUUCUCAUGGGUUUAUCAUCGGACAUGUAUGUCCUGAAGCAUUUAUAGGUGGACCGAUUGCUUUGGUACAAGACGAUGACAUUGUUAGGAUUGAUGCAACAACACGCCAAUUGACAGUGGAUGUCUCGGAUGAAGAAAUGGCUCGACGCAAAGCAGUAUGGAAACCUAAACCUCAUCAAUAUGUCAAAGGUGUUUUGAAGAAAUAUGUCAACAAUGUCAAGAGUGCUAGUCAAGGGGCCAUUACUGAUUAAUUGGAUUUUUAGUUGUAGUAUUUUAGAGAUAGUCUUUUUUUUCUUCUUCCAAUAAAGAAAAAAAGAAGAAAUAUAUCUAUGUAUCAUA